GGCGGAGCCAGGAGCAAGAUGGCCGCGCCCGCAGCUGCCACGGAAUCUCAAGCUUCAGGAGGUCCCCAGUCCCCAGCGUGUCUGUUGGUUUUGGGAAUGGCGGGGUCUGGGAAGACCACCUUUGUACAGAGGCUCACAGGAUAUCUGCAUAGUCAAGGGUGUCCACCUUAUGUGAUCAACUUGGACCCAGCUGUGCAUGAAGUUCCCUUUCCUGCCAAUAUUGACAUUCGUGACACUGUGAAGUAUAAAGAAGUCAUGAAACAGUAUGGACUUGGACCUAAUGGUGGCAUAGUGACCUCACUCAAUCUCUUUGCUACCAGAUUUGAUCAGGUGAUGAAAUUUAUUGAGAAGGCCCAGAACAUGUCUAAGUAUGUCUUAAUUGACACACCUGGACAGAUUGAGGUAUUCACAUGGUCAGCUUCUGGGACAAUUAUCACUGAGGCCCUGGCAUCCUCGUUUCCAACGAUCGUCAUUUAUGUAAUGGACACAUCUCGAAGUACCAACCCAGUGACCUUCAUGUCCAAUAUGCUCUAUGCCUGCAGCAUCUUAUACAAAACCAAGCUGCCUUUUAUUGUGGUCAUGAAUAAAACUGACAUCAUUGACCACAGCUUUGCAGUGGAAUGGAUGCAGGAUUUUGAGGCUUUCCAAGAUGCCUUGAAUCAAGAGACUACAUAUGUCAGUAACUUGACUCGUUCAAUGAGCCUGGUGUUAGAUGAGUUUUACAGCUCACUCAGGGUGGUGGGUGUGUCCGCUGUUCUGGGUACAGGAUUAGAAGAACUCUUCGUGCAAGUUUCCAGUGCCACAGAAGAAUAUGAAAGAGAGUAUCGUCCCGAAUAUGAACGUCUGAAGAAAUCACUGGCCAGUGCACAGAGCCAGCAGCAGAAAGAACAACUGGAACGCCUCCAGAAAGAUAUGGGCUCUGUAGCCUUGGACACAGGAAUUGCCGCAGGGAGCUCAUCUCCUGUGCUGGACCCUUCUGAUUUGAUCCUGACUCGGGGAACCUUGGAUGAAGAGGAUGAGGAAGCAGACAGUGAUACUGAUGAUAUUGACCACAGAGUUACAGAGGAAAGCCGCGAAGAGCCAGCAUUCCAGAACUUUAUGCAAGAAUCAAUGGCACAGUACUGGAAGAAAAACAACAAAUAGUUUCUAAAGUUCAAAAUUUUGGAACUCUGUGUGAAGGACUAUCUUUAUCUCUGACUGGGGGCUACAAUCUAUAAAGGAUGGUUUUGUUCAGAAUAGCAGUUUGUCUUACUAGUGAAACUUUCUGACUCCAAUGAAGCCAGGAAUAGAUUAUUUGGACCUGCUGAUUACCAUUGGCCUUCCCCUUGGAUUUAUGCAAGGAAGCAUAUUCUGUUUUUGGACACUGAUAUCCCUUUGAGCCUAAAACCGUAAGUUGUUAUCAUUUGAGCUCACAUACUUUUGUUACUGAUGGAUGAAACAGAGAACUUAGUAGGCUGUAUCUCUAGCCUCUACGUCCCAAGCAUUUGCCUUUGAACUUGCACCAUGAGUUCCCUUCCUUUUUAGUAGAAAGGGCGAGAGGAAACAGGAGCUUGUCCAGAAUAACAGUGGAGUCUCCUUGGCAACCAGUCAAUGUUGGUAUGAAAUGUGCCUCCCACUGGGGAGCUCAUUAUAGAACAUCAGGUUCACUGAAGAAAGUGGGCAACAUGUAGUUAUUAAGAAUUCUACUUUAGAUGCUGGCUUGGAUAAAGAGUUUUUAAUUUUCA